CAGUCCGGCUAGACUGGCAUAACAGGAAGCCUGAACUUCUGGCCGUAACCGGCCGCUUGAAAUAUCUAUCCGUUGAAAAGAAAAGCCGGGUCGGUUUGAGAACGAAAGUGCCAGUAAGGACCGAGAAAGGUGGCCGCUCUAUUCUUUAAUACGUCAGAUCUCUAUGGUCAUCAUGCCUCUUGCGCGCAAUUCGAAACCGGAAAUGUUCUAAUUUCCCAGGGCAUUCAACACUUCUGAUGUUUAGCUUGCCGAACAAAAAGCUAGAAAGGUGAUAGAGAAGCCAUGGAGAUGGAAUAGGUAGAGCGACCACCUGCCUUCCGCCAUUCGAAUGUAGACUUUCAGUUCAAGUGGCGCUCUGCGCUUUUCGUCUACCGCGAUUCUGUAGUCGACCAGUAUGGCGUCGCUAGGUGAAAUUGCAGCUUUGGUCUUGGUGGCAGCUCUUUGGGGAGGAACCAACCCAUUUCUGAAAACAGGCACUGAGGGGCUGGAACAAGUAAAGAAGGAAAACAGGGCACUGCAACUGCUGGCAGAAAUGAAAUUCCUUUUUCUCAAUUACAAGUAUGCAGUACCAUUUAUGCUGAACCAGUGCGGCUCACUCGUCUACUAUCUUACUUUGGCUUCCACAGACCUGACCUUGGCUGUGCCUCUUUGCAAUUCUUUGGCUCUGGUGUUCACGGUGGCAACUGGGAAGAUGCUUGGAGAAGACACUGGCAGUUCACGUGCUGCCCUGGGAAUGCUGCUGACUGGCUUGGGAGUCGCUCUGUGCAUAGCUGAGUCUGUGAAUGAGAAAUCAUCAGGAGAGGAUCCCAGAGUCAAUGGUUAACGAUGGCCAAGGGACAGGAAGCUCUGGCUCCACUCCCAUCGCCUUGUUAUGAAGUGGAGGAGCUCACCAGAGUCCACA